AAUCUCGUCAUGUGACGGUCCCGUGAUCCUAUGCGGAAGUAUAGUUUUCAUCACCGACAACAAAACGCAGACGUGAAGGAAAUCGCUAAUAUUAACCGAUAAUACCUUACUGUUUUAUCUUUAUCUCGCCUCAUAUCAGCCCAGCAAUGGACGGAUCUGUCAGAACAGCUUCAGACGACGGGCUGCAGUCUUAUAACAGAGGGAAUGAGAGCUCCCUGGUGUCAGCCCUGAAGACGCUGCUGUUCUUCACCAUCAUGAUGGUGACUCUGCCCAUUGGACUCUACUUUGCAACCAAGGCGUACCUCUUUGAGGGGUCCAUGAAGAUGUCCAGCUCUGACAGCUACUUCUAUGCAGCCAUUGUUGCAGUGCUCGCUGUGCAUGUAGUUCUGGCGUUGUUUGUUUAUGUGGCCUGGAACGAAGGAACCACGCCUAAAGGGAAGGGCAAACACGAUUAAAGCAUGUCCUUAUCGGCUCGUUGGACCGGAGGAGACGGACAGAAGUGGCAUGGAUCGUACCCCCCCCCCCCCCACCAUGGGCUCCAGCAGUAAACACAGCACCAUCUACCAACCAGACUGUUAGGGGAUCUGGUUCGUGCCUAGGCUCUAACACAAGGUUAAAGCAUUAUAUUAUUCCCUGGCGGGGGGAGUGGAGUGCUGGGUGUGUUUUUUACCAGCUUCAGCAGGUCCGCUUUUUGACUUCAUGUUCUCUUGAAAUGUUACUUUUGUUGACAGAGGAAGGCCACUUUUUAAGAGGCUUUGUUAAAAGAUAAGUGCUACAAGUCCAUGCACAGUUCAGAUAUGGUCCUGUAGAAAAACAUCUUCAGUUUUGAUGCGUGUCACACACACGCACACACUAUAUGUGCUUGUAAUGUGAAUGUAUGAAGAAUUUGGUUCCAAAAUGCUCUACGUCCAUUCUUUGCGCUGCUGAAUAAUCUUCUGUCCUCAAAUGUCCAUUCUUCUGCAUACAUUGAAUAAUGACUUUAAUUUAAACCCAUGAUGUGUGUAACUUUCAUGCUGUAUUUUGGUUCAAAAUGUUCAUAACGUUUUGUCCUUAAAUGAAUCACACAUCUGUUUCUCGUUUGUGUUGUUUCUUUCUGUGUGUUUGUAGUUCAGUGAUAUUUUGGAACUUGGAAUAAGAAAAAAUAGUUGCAAGAUUAUAUUUAAAGAAAUGUUUUGUAUUGAAGAUGUUUCGUGAUUUGGGCGUGUUUGUGAAGUGUGAUGCAGAUGAGAAUGUUGAGUGGCUCAAAUAAACUAGAAACAGAAAUCAA